GGUAGAAAGACAGCAAGGAUCGAAUAUUCGAAAACGGAAAGAAGCAAUCAUGUACGAGCCGGACCCUGGACCGGACCCAUUCCCCAACUCGGUCUGUGCAUGCGAAUCCGGUAUUGUCUUUGAUGUAGCGAGUGCUGUUGUGAAGAACUCAGUUGGGUUGGCCUCGGAGCGGAGGAUGUGCAUUCUGUGAGCAAGUUGAGGACCUCGCCAUCUUAAUAUGCUCCUCUGCCAUUUUGGGUGCGAGAGGGAGCAUCAUGGGUGCGACGGCACGGUCAUCGCCUCUGGCGCUUCGCUUCAUGGUCAAGGGGAUCGGCAUUGUGCUCUUCUUCGCUCUUGUGUCGGUUUAUUCUUGGUGGAUUCAAGGGCUGAAUGAGUGGGAUGGGAACCGGCACAGGGAGUUGCUGGAAGUUGUGGGAGAGGAGGCUGAAGUGGCCCGGAACGGCACAGGCAGGCAAUGUGUUAAUGUCGAAAAGGAAUCCCCUCUUUUACAAUGUGAAAUGGCACGUAUGUAUUGCGCGGAGGAGAGUGGGCAAAGCAUGGUGAACUAUCUCGUCCUCCAUUACUGUCAGAUGGGAGGAGUGAAAUGGAUUUCAGUUCCCGUGUUGGUCACAGUACUCGUUCUUGCCUUCUAUAUCUUAGCGGAAACAGCUGAGAAUUAUUUUUCUCCUGUGGUUCGACGUUUGGUGGAGAUGCUUGGGAUGACACCAAGUAUGGGCGGAGUGACAUUACUAGCCCUUGGUAAUGGAGCGCCCGACAUAUUUGCCUCCCUGGCCGCAAUUGGAGGUGGCAACUCAAGGAUUGGAUUCGGUGCCAUUCUGAGCGCAGGAACUUUUGUGUCCGCCUUUGUGGUGGGAUCAGUGGCGUUAGCAGCCGCACCUUUCUCUGUCCGGCCAAUGCCAUUCGUCCGAGACUUGACGUUCUACUUUGGUGCAGUUUGUCUUCUCUUUAUCAUCUAUCUGAAAGGGGAGAUUGUGUUUUGGCAAGCCGUGGGGAUGGUUUCCUUCUACGUAGUCUUUGUGGUUGUUGUACUUUGCACCGACAAGCAAGAGGUAGAGUCUGUUUCAAAGAUAGAUGAGGUACUUGAAGGUGCGACUGAUAUGGACCCCGAGAGGGUUCUGAAGAAAAAUGCGAGCCUGAAGGAGUCGAAUGAUUCUUCGAAAGUGCCCGGCAUGGACGAUACUCCUGACGAAGUUGACGUGGUGGUAGAUAUCUCAUCCUUCAAAAUUGGGGAGCCUGUGAAAAUGCAAGCUGAACCAGAAGAGAAGUGCUGGGACCAACUCUUUGGCCCUGCAGGGAGGUUCGCCGAAAUACUCAAAACAGAAGAGGUGAUAAUGCUGUUACACACGCCUACAACAGCUUUGCUAAAAUCUACAAUUCCUGAAAUUGAGCCAGCGAAAUGGAGUAGGAACUAUGGAACGGCCAACGUUGUGUUGUGCCCUCUGCUCAUACUCUACAUGUUCACCUCGUUUAUCUCCCUUAAUCGCCAUAUUGUUUUUCUAUCUCCAUCCCUGCGAUUACCCAUUUGGCUCCUCAUUUUGCUGCAAGGAUCUUUCAUGGGGGCCGCAUAUUAUUUAGCUGUCAAACGUCCUCCUACUUCUGGUCAAUUCGUUGUAGUGACUGUCGCCUUCAUUAUGAGUGUCUUCUGGAUAUCUGUCAUAGCUGGAGAGCUCCUUGGAUGUCUAGUGACACUGGGUAUUAUUCUUGGGGUGUCACCAGCACUACUAGGCUUGACGGUGCUUGCCUGGGGUAACUCCAUUGGUGACCUCGUGGCUGAUGUUGCGGUUGCUAGAGUCGGCCAACCGGCAAUGGCGGUGGCGGGUUGCUUUGCAGGUCCCAUGUUCAACAUGCUGGUCAAAGGCUUGUAUAAAACCAGCUGGUGCCUCCUCCAUGGACAUUCUUACUUCGUAGCAUGGAGCACUGAUAACUGCGAGACUCAACCCAGGCUUUUGCGAUGCCCUCACCCCUAUUACUUAACCCUUGCUUCCCAACUUCAAGACUCUACGGAAAGGUUUUGAAUUGCUCGGAAUGGUCGUGCCUUAAUGGGAGCCAAAUACCACAUCAUCAUCUCGCGUUUUUUUUUCUUUUUCUUUUUCUGUUCCACCUCGCGAGGCUCAUGAACUCGGUGGUUAUACUUCAACAGCUCAGCUGGGUAUCGAAGCACUGUAAUUAGGUUGUCCGAACUUAACAUGUCUACAUUUUAUUUAACGAGAUGGAGCAUUGGACAUUGAAAUCGUUCUGAGACCACCGAAUCUGUUUCUCAAUGCCUGUGAUCAAGACACUUGGCGAUCGUAGUUUUAAUGUUGAACAGUAGAGUGCAUAGCACAAUAUGAAUAUGAAGGGGAAAUAUUAGCAGAUACAUGAUAAUAGUUAAAGGUAAAUUACGCAUUUCAUAGUACAUGAUGCAUUGUCGAUAAGCUGAUUCGAACCGCCAGGAAAAUGUGGCGAAUACAGUGCAGUCAUUUUCAUGAUGCUUCUGGACUUUUGUAAAAGGAUUACGAAACUGAUAGGCAUCCUCGUCAGGUCUUCCUAUACAGAAGUACGGCUGUUUUGCAAAAUGUGUCAAGAACCAUUUUCAUUCCAACAGUAUCACAGUUCAAAAUUCGAUAAAAAAAUAAAAUAAAAAAUAGACUUCAUGGUA